GCACAUUUUUGCGAUCGUUAAUGAGAUAGUGCGCUACAUUUCUAUUGGUUUCUAACAUAAUUUUUACUCUGACUGUGAUAGCUUAAAUAGCUUUUCGAAUUUUUUAUGGACUACAUUAAAAACUGGUUUCUAUAGAUUGGCAUGGGAAUCAUGCUCUGAAAACAUCAGCCUAUUAGCACACCUAGUUGAAAAUCAGAUCAUUACGUACUUUUCUAUGAUUUUUUGCUGCACAGUUCUGUUGUAGAUAGUGAUGUCUCACGAGUACUUUGUUGUUUUGGUGAGGCUUUUGGAGGAUGAAAAGAUGGAGGAAGUCCGAGUACCUGAAGAUGCAUCUGGAAAGUGGCUUUUUGAAGAAGUCUGCCGUCACCAAGGAGUUAUGCAGGAACGUGAAUAUUUUGGCCUACGUUACCUUGAACAUGAAAUGCUUUCACCUCCAACUAAGCAUUGGAUUAAUCUCACAAGAAACUUACUAUCACAACUCAAGCAUACACAUCCUCGUCAAGUUAGCUUUCGGAUUAAGCAUUACCCGGCAGAUCCUAUUGUCGACCUACGAUUACCUAAAUCUCACUACCUUCUUUAUCAACAAUUGCGUCGUGAUUUGAUAAGUGGGAGAUUAGUUGCUUCAACUGAUGUUCUCAUACGCCUUGCAGCUCUUGUAGUUCAAGUGGAGCUUGGAGAUAGUUCGGCUCAGGACCCACCUCAGAUGUCUAUGAAAAAUGAAGCUGAACGCCAAUACUUACAUGAAUUUCGUGUACUACACAAUCAAACGGAACGUCUUGAGUCGCUAAUUAUGAAGGAACAUGAGAAACUAGAGAAUAUGUUACCUUCUGAAGCGGCUAGUGAAGUGAUUCACCUUGCCAGUAGUUUGGAAACGUAUGGUAUUGAUCCGAUUCGUGUUAAGACUAAAGCUUAUGGUUCACGACACAUUCAUUUGGGUCUGACUCAUCAAGGUGUUGCUGAAUUUAUAAGUAAUCGACGUCAGAAGUUGUAUCCAUGGUCAGCUAUAUCUUGGAUGACGUGCAAUGGCAAAGACUUUGUCCUAGCGACUUCUUCACAUCACCAUUCUGGACGUAAGAAGAAGACAACGACAACUGUUCAUUAUAAGUGUGAUAAUAAGUCUGUUGCACAAGCUUUAUGGGAAUGGGCAUCCGAUCGGCAAUUGUUUUUCACUUUGGAUAAAUCUUCGUCUGUUAAACCUGUUAAAUCGAAACGAGCUUUAUUCCAAAGAACAAGAACUUUUACGUUCUCUGGUCGAUGUCGUCGUGAAGUUAUUGGCAGACCUAUGUUAACCGCAAGUUUACCCACCGACAUAAGUACAAUUUCCGUAGCUGAAGAAAAUCUUUCCCUCAGUAAUCCAACUUCAAAUAAUCCAUACAGUUUAAGUAUGGUCGCAUUAACAAAUGAUACAGGCCGUAGUAUGAAUGCAAUCAAUGAAAAUGGUAUUGAAGAUGGUGAAUCAAUACAAACUGCUCCUGCUACAUCAUUGGGUUUAUUGGCGCCUCUUGGUCAUUCCCAAGCUCCUGCAUUUUCAGAACCAUCAGUAGUGCAUCAUAUGACUUCAAGUUCAGUAACUGGAAGUAUUGAAAAUCCAGAUGUUAGUGGUUUACACAACCAAUCAAACUUUUCAAGCACCGUUACUAUUGAUCCAAACCAGUUGGUUCCUCUUUUCAUUAAUAUACCUAAGCGUCGUUUUAGCACCGAGGCUAGAAGAAGGCAGCGUAAACUUUUGCGAAAUCAGUCUAAAUAUGGAUUAUGUCAACAUGAACAUUCAGAUUUGUUCGACACUGAUGAUGAAUGCGAUGAUGAUACAUCAUCUGAAGCUGCUGUAGAAGCUUUAAAUUCUGCUGCUGAAGCUGGAGAAGCAUGGUUAGCUAAUGAAUCGGCUAAAGUAAAUACAAAACCAGUGUCACCUGAAAGAUCAUGGUUCAGUUUUCUGUACCGAUCAAGUACUGAGAAAACGAAUCAGAAGGAUAUCACAAUGAAAGGUAAUCAUUCUUUACAUUCCAACGAAUCAAAUGAUCCUACUUAUGCACAUGAUGAAGAUAUCGAUUCUGAAAAUAAUAUAAAGUCUGUAUCCUUAUGGCGUUUUGCUGCUGUGUCUGCUGGUUUGUUAACAUGUGCAUCACUGUUUGGUUUAGCGCUUAUACUUGAAGCUGAAAUCCAUUCACCAUUCAUGGCAACAAUACGUGGUCAUCCUUGGUUGUUGGAUUUUGAUUCUCGUUUUUAUAGGCCUAUACGAUCUAGCCUAUUUGGUUUCUGGCGUCGUUAGUAGAUGCAGCCCACCUUUUUUUUGUUAGUAGUUGUAUGUAUAGUUUUUAUUUUAUCGAAGUUUAAAUGAAAAAUGUUUGAAAUACAGUUGAAUUCAUAAUUCAUAUUUAACAGCAUCUAUAUAGUUUUUUGUUGCCACUUAUUUGUUCUUCUUUUUCUCUCAACUGAUUUAUUAUUGUUGAAAUUUCUGUCAUUUCUUUUUUUAUGCAUUUAUCCAUACUGUUAUUGAUUAUCAUUGGUAAUAUUACUCAUUGUAAUAAAAUUCAUAAUUCUAAAAUUUAUUCUGCAUAAUAAUAUAUUACUCAUCAUAUUUUCGCUUGCUUGGAAUUACACGCUUUAGUUUGUGUUCUCCGUUCAAUUUUACUUUCGAAAUUUUCGUUUUAUUGGUUGAUACUGGUGAUAUGUUUUCGUAAUGAUUUCAAAUUUUUGAUCUUGACACAAGUAGACAAGCAGUUUUAUGCUGUAUAAAAAUAUAAAUCUUAUCAUAUAGUCGUCAUGAUCAGUAAUAUGGAAUAGAAUAUUCAAAAGAAAUGCUAUCUGUUUCAGUCAUCUGUAGUGUAUUGUUUCAUUUAUUUGUUGUUGUCAAUAGUUUUCAUUUAUCUUCAGUUAUCAAUUUACGAGUUUACUUUGUUUCUUUUCUGUGUUUUAUGUUGACUCUGACUCUCUCUUAUUUUUAGUAGUGAAUUCUGUCUCGUUUUGUUAGAGAUGAAUAAAGCCGAUUCUCAUAAUGUGUAUGUGCCUAUAUGAUGUGUUGUUUUCCUCAUACUUAGUUGAGUUUACUAGGUUCUCAGUUUUGUAUAUUCGUUGUCGUAAUAUUUUUCUUCUUGAGGGAGUAUAUCUAUACUGUGUGCAGUAUUUACAUUUCCAGAUUGGUUUUUUUCUGAAUCCUAUGAUGCAUCGCGUUUACGAGCCUGUGAAUACACACUGUGUCAUUUACAUAAUAAAUGAAGCUUUACUGUGCACUCGAUCUGUUGAGUAGUUUAUUUUUUUAUACUUUCUUUUCGGCUUUUAUUUAGUUAGGCUUCUCACUUCAUGUGCCACUACUCAGUCCAAUCCUAUAUGCUUAGUCAUCUUUUUCAACUAGUAACGUUAGCUGAGAUUUAUAGGUGUAAGUUAGUCACGCCAUGUAAAAGUUACCCGUAUGAUGUUUAUUUUUAAAAACUUUGAGCAUCAAAGAUAACUUUUCAUAGCUUCUC